ACCGUUAUGCCAGUAGUCCAGUCAACCAUGUAGUCAAGGCAUCUUAGAGAGAGAUUAUUAUUGGGCAGAGUCAUAAAAUUAAUCAACAUGAUAUGUUGUUCCCUGAUGAAACAUAUGAAGAUUAUAAACAGCGCAUAAAAACCAUUUCAAAUUUAAAUCCAACUCAAACCCCGUACGAAGGUUGUCGUCCAACUGCAUUGCAACAAAGUGUUUCUGGUAAACAACAGAGGAAUACCAACUUAACAGAAUUCUCAAAGACACAGGAUAGUAGCGGAAGAGAAAGUGCAACGAGCACAAGUAACAGUAGUGGUGGCUACAAGCUUACCACAGAUUUUUUUGAUAACAUACCAGAGGCCAAAGCACAAGCGGAACAACAAGCUGCCACUAAUAAUUCAUACAGCAAACAAGAGCAGAUUCUUAAAAUACAUUCAUCCAAAGAUGUUGCUGCCACUAAAGAAGCAACAAACCAGUCACCAGAUGACCACACAAAUCCCAACGAUACUGUCAACGAAGAUCUAUCUACAAAUCCUAUAUUCUUGCGUACAUGCGAGGCUCUCAUACGUCAGUAUCGCAUACGACCGGAUUUCUUUUGUCAGUAUUACAAAGCUGUCAGUAGCAAUUCUACCUCGCCUUCCUCCUCGGCCCAGCCCUCUCAAACAAAGAGUAUUCCAAAGAAGAAAAGUGUUCAUAAUUCCUGUGAUAAAGCUUCUACAAAGUCUUCUUCAAGGUUGCUGCAAAAUUCUACUCACAGUUUACCUGUUUUGCCAGUGGCUACCACGCCGAAUACAACUUCGUCUGAAGAAGUUCAACGUUUUACCAAACGAUCGGCUAUUUAUACUCUGCCGAAAAGAAGACUUGAAAAUUCAGAUCAUAUAGCAGCUAUAGUGAAAGAGAGAGGUGGUGUGGUGGCUGGUGGUGGUGUAAGUUCAAAAUACACCAUACUACACCACACAACUGAACCACACUAUAAUAGUGACGGUGGUAGUGGUGGUGUAAGUGAUGAUGAUGGAAUGGAAUUGGUAACUUGUUUUUCGUACAAUACAAUACCAGCAACAACUACAAUAACAAUUGAGAAAUACUCGUAA